AUGGCAGAUGAUGAGGAGUAUCAACGACAACUAGAGCUUCAAAGAGAGGCCUUUGAAGCCCAGUUUGGAUCACUAGAAUCGAUGGGUUUUGAAGACAAAACGAAAAAGCAGGUUUCGGAUGAAACCUCCGGUAGCGAAGAGCAGGAACAUGAUUCGCAAGACGAUUCGCAAGACGGUUCGCAAGACGAGUCUGGGAGUGAUGGAGAUGCUAGUUUCCAAGGGUUUUCUGACGAUGAUACGGAGGCAAAAGAGCCAAGAAGCGAACCGCAGACUAAACGUCAACCAAAAGUCAUCAAGUUCGAUGGUGCUAGUGAUGUGUAUUCUGCGCCAAACAGAAAGGAGCAGAAGUUGGUGAGGUCCGGAAAGGCCCCCAAGCAAAGCUUGGCAGAGGCUAGAGAGCAGGAGGAGAUGAUGCAGGCGGGCCAGGAUGAAGAGGACGACACGGCAGACGGCGAAAAAGAGAACCUACAAAGCGAUCUGGAACUGCAGAGAUUUUUGAAAGAAUCGCAUCUGUUGAGUGCUUUCAGCCAAAACGAGCCCAGUGGUGCUGAUCUUACGCUUCAGACUAUGAACAACGUGGAAUACAGGGAUGACCAGGUUUUCGGCAAAGCCCGCUCUCGUACACUGGAAAUGCGUCUCAAAAACCUGUCCUCCGUCAACGGCAAGGAACAGAAACUGGAAAAAGUGCCAAUAAACAUCAGGAAAGGUAUGGUCGAUAAGCAUGUCAAGAGAAUCAAGAAACACGAACAGGAAGCCCGGGAGGGAGGUAUCAUUUUGUCGAAAGUCAAGAAGGGAGAAUUUAGGAAAAUUGAUUCAACCUACCGGAAAGAUAUCGAAAGGCGGAUUGGGAGUCGAAACAGCUCUGCGGACAAGCAGCGUAGAGCCAAGCGGCAAAAGGGACUCAAAGUCAGUUCGGUUGGUCGCUCUACUAGGAACGGGCUGAUCAUCUCGCCAGAAGAAAUUAGACGCAUUAACGGAGACGGCAAAGGUAAGCCCAAGGGAAGAAGAAGAUAA